AUGUUUCGGUCUUUGUACUCGUUUGGAGAUUCCUUCGUCGACCCGGGAAACAACAACUACAUCCUGACCUAUGCGAAGAGCAAUUUCCCCCAUACGGUCGCAAUUUCCCAAACCGAAUUGCCACAGGAGGUUCUCAAACGGGCUGUUGGUCCCCAAUUUUCUGGGUGGGUUUUUCAAAUAUUGUUUUUAAUACGUACAUUGUAUUUCUUGAAAGAUUUUGUGUAUUCUAAAGCAAUCCAAAUUGUGGAGCAGUUCAACAAUUUUAAAAAGUACAAAGUCAAGCUCCAAAAGAAGGUUGGAAGGAAGAAGGCUCAGGAGCAGAUCAAGUACGCGAGCGCUGGUAUGGACGACUUUGCAUUCACGUACUUUCAAGAUGGGCGAAGGACACUGACUCCUCCACAGUAUCAGUGUCCUCCACAGUAUGAGCAGUUCUUGGUGGCUCGGAUACGGUUGUUUUUACAGGGAUUAGUACUGGACCAAGGGGCUCGAAAAAUCGCGGUGAACGGCCUACCACUGUUGGGCUGCAUCCCCAUUGUUAUUUUUCUGACACCUACAAAUCCACCAUUUGCCCCUCGGAGCCAGCGCAAGUGUCUCGAUUAUGUGAAUGCCAUAGUGAAAGAUUUCAACGCUUUGCUCAGGGAAGCACUGAUCCAACUGCAGCGUAAAUGGCCCGAAACAAAGAUUGCUUACAUUGACUUCGAAGAACCUCUACUACUCCAAGAAUCAAAGGAUAACCCUGCAGAUUCUGAUGCUGAGGAUGCCGAUGCUGACGAUGAUGAUGAUGUUGAUGACACUAAGGAUGCCGAUGAGGCUGCACAUGUUUUCGAACCGAAACCAUUUCAAUUCUGA